AUGUCUUAUCAGUCGACUAUUUUGGGUCUUUUUUCGAUCGCAGUCUUGCUGCUAAUCCCCCCAAUGGCCUGGCAUACACAGAGUAAAAAUGUGCCAGCGAUGAUAUUAAUUAUAUGGCUUUUGGUUAUGGAUAUUUCAUUUAUUGUGAGUGCAGCAAUUUGGAGCGGUGAUGAUUUUAUGACUAGGUGGGAUGGAAAAGGUUGGUGUGAUAUUGUAACUAAAUUACAGGUUGGAGCUUCCGUUGGGAUUUCAUGUGCUGUUAGUAGUAUUGCAUACAAUUUGCAUGCUGUUUUGAAGGCGGAUUCUGUGUUGCUAGAGGCUACUUCUUGCAGAAAGAUAUGCAGGGAUUUGGCUAUGUGCCUUGUUCCCCCAGUUGUGGUUAUGGGGUUGUCGUAUUUUGCUCAGACUUAUAGGUUUGGCAUCGCUCGUUACAACGGAUGUAUUAAUCUCAUGUCUCCGACUUGGGCCACAACAGUUUUCUACACCAUGUGGCCUUUCUUAGCCUCACUGGUCGGGGCAGUAUAUGCUUCUAUGGUGCUUUUCAUAUUUUUCAAGAAGAGGAAAGACGUUGGCGAUAUCCUACAUUGUACCAAUUCGAGAUUAAAUUUGACUAGGUUUGCAAGAUUACUGAUUUUCUGCUCCGUUGUGAUACUGAUCAUGUUACCUCUUUCGAUUUAUGGGGUUGUCGGAGAUGUCAAGCAUUAUAACGGUCAUUACAGUUUUAAAGAGACUCAUUUAAAGGCCCUCUGGAAUAUCAUACCCAAGUAUGAUGCAGGAAAGACUUUGGCGACCCUUUGGUUGUAUCUUGCGAUGUCAUAUCUAGUGUUUUUCAUAUUUGGAUUGGGUGCAGAUGCUUUGCACAUGUAUGCAAACUUUCUGCGCUACAUCAAGCUGGGCUUUAUCGUCGACUUCAUCAACAAUUCAAUCCAAAAGAACAAAGAGGGAAAGAUCAACAAGUUGCUGGGAAAAAUCUCCACUUCCGAAUUCUCUUCGGAUUCUUCUGGUGAAAAGACCUCUGGGUAUUACACAUCAACUACUCCGCAAUCAAAGGCUAAUUUUGUCCUGGAUUAUAAGACCCCUUAUGAUACCAAGAGGAACGAGAGAAGGAGAGAAAGAAAACUGUUUGGAAGAAGUAAAGUCAGGAACCUCUACACACCUGAGGAAGAAAACACUGAUGUGGUCAAUACGUUCAUGCCAUUUUUCUCGGAACAAACUGUAGACGAGGACAGCGUGUCGUUGGACGGGCUAUCUCAACUUUCACUGAGCAAGACGAACGGAUUACAAUGUGAUCUUGAGAGAAAUGAUGGGCUGGCUGAAUACAAUCCUCAUACAUUUGAAACUCAAUCAAGUUUGGAUGAUUCCAAGACUGAUACAUAUACAUUGUCUCCAAUUUCUAACAGAUAA